UGGUUCGGUCUGCAAAGGGAAGGUGGCUGGAGCUGGGGAAAUUUGAUUUUCCCGCAGCCCGGCUGCCUUGGAGCAGAGGAGGCGGCGCUCUCAGCCAGUUUCCCAGCCCAGCUCGCCCGCUUGGAGACUAGAGGGAGGCGAGCCUUGGAGCCCGACCACGCAGCCACCUAGAUCCCUGCGUCCCCCACUUAUUCAGCUCGGUUCUCCCUUUCUUCCUCCUCCGUCCCGCCCUCUCCGCUCUCCUACUCUCCCUUUUAACCCCCCUCUUCCUGUCUUCCUCUCCAACACCCCUCUUCCCAUCUCUCUCUCCAGCAGCCCUCUCCUCAUCUCCUUUGCGCCCCUCUUUCCAUCUCCCCUUUACCUCUUCUGCCUCCCCUUCUUGCUCCCCCUCCCCGUUCCCCUUUCGCAUCCUAUACUAUCUCUUAUCUCUCUCUGUCUCCUUCUCCCGGUCUCUCUCUUUCCACUCCCUAUCCCUGCCUCCCUCUCCCCAUCCCUACCUCCCUCUCCCCAUCUCCUCCCCACCCAUUUCCCCACAUCUCUCUUUUUCUUCCUCUCCCUGCUGCUGCCCUCUCCUCCUUUCCAUCUCCAUAUCCUCUGUUCUUCUCCCUUCUCUUCAUUUCUCCACUUCCCCGCUUUCUCUCACUUCCCACGCCCCUUCUCUCCCUCCUUUUCUCUUCUCUCUCCUGCCCAUCGUCCCCGAGUUGGGGGUGAACUCAGCUGCCCACCGCGUGCCGGUUCCGCCCUACUGGGAUCCCCAGAAGAAGCCCCUAAAGGCUUCAUUUUGCCCGCCCCCCGGAGGAAGGGGGCAGUAGGAGUGGGUGGGUGGGCAAUCGUGCUGGGGGCUUAGCCGGGCAAUGGAGCAGCCGGAGGAUAUGGCGUCAGUGAGUGAGUUCGACUCCCUGGCAGGCAGCAUACCAGCCACCAAGGUGGAGAUCACCGUGUCCUGCAGGAAUCUUUUGGAUAAAGACAUGUUCUCCAAGUCAGACCCAUUGUGUGUGAUGUACACUCAAGGAAUGGAGAACAAGCAAUGGAGGGAGUUUGGAAGAACAGAGGUGAUUGACAACACACUGAAUCCGGACUUUGUGCGCAAAUUUAUACUGGAUUAUUUCUUUGAGGAGAAGCAGAACAUCAGAUUCGAUCUGUAUGACGUUGAUUCCAAGAGCCCCGAUCUCUCCAAACAUGAUUUCCUGGGCCAGGCCUUCUGCACUCUGGGAGAGAUUGUGGGGUCCCCUGGAAGUCGCCUGGAGAAGCCCCUCACGAUAGGAACAUUCAGCUUGAAUGCCAGGACUGGCAAACACAUUCCAUCGGUGUCAAAUGGCGGGGUCCCUGGGAAGAAGUGCGGCACCAUUAUCUUGUCAGUGGAGGAACUGAGCAAUUGUAGGGAUGUUGCCACAAUGCAGUUCUGUGCCAACAAGUUGGACAAGAAAGAUUUCUUUGGUAAAUCGGACCCCUUCCUGGUGUUCUACAGGAGCAACGAGGAUGGAACGUUCACCAUCUGUCACAAGACCGAAGUCAUGAAGAACACUCUGAAUCCUGUGUGGCAAACCUUCUCCAUCCCUGUGAGGGCCCUCUGCAAUGGGGACUACGAUCGGACCAUCAAGGUGGAGGUGUAUGACUGGGAUCGGGAUGGCAGUCACGACUUCAUCGGGGAGUUCACCACUAGCUACCGGGAGCUGGCUCGUGGGCAGAGUCAGUUCAACGUCUACGAGGUGGUCAACCCGAAAAAGAAAAUGAAGAAAAAGAAAUACCUGAACUCUGGCACAGUAACACUACUGUCCUUCGCAGUGGAGUCGGAAUGCACAUUCUUGGAUUACAUCAAAGGAGGGACCCAGAUCAAUUUCACGGUGGCCAUUGACUUCACCGCCUCCAAUGGCAACCCUUCCCAGUCCACUUCUCUGCAUUAUAUGAGCCCGUACCAGCUGAACGCCUAUGCCCUGGCGCUAACAGCCGUGGGGGAGAUCAUCCAGGACUAUGACAGUGAUAAGAUGUUCCCAGCCCUGGGCUUUGGAGCCAAGCUUCCUCCUGAUGGCAGAGUUUCCCAUGAGUUCCCACUGAAUGGCAAUCCAGAUAACCCCUCUUGCUGUGGUAUCGAUGGUAUCCUCGAGGCCUAUCACCGAAGCCUUCGCACCGUGCAGCUCUAUGGCCCCACCAACUUUGCGCCAGUGGUCACUCAUGUGGCCAGGCAUGCAGCGACUAUACAAGAUGGUUCCCAGUAUUCCGUGCUGCUGAUCAUCACAGAUGGGGUCAUCUCAGACAUGGCGCAGACCAAGGAAGCCAUCGUCAAUGCUGCCAAACUCCCCAUGUCCAUUAUCAUCGUGGGCGUUGGCCAAGCUGAGUUUGAUGCCAUGGUUGAGCUGGACGGUGACGACAUCCGGAUCUCCUCUCGGGGGAAGUUAGCAGAGCGUGACAUUGUCCAGUUUGUGCCAUUCCGGGACUAUGUGGACCGAACGGGGAAUCAUGUGCUAAGCAUGGCUCGCCUGGCCAGAGAUGUACUGGCUGAGAUCCCCGACCAGCUGGUCUCCUACAUGAAAGCACAAGGCAUCCGUCCCCGCCCACCCCCAGGACCUCCUGCCCACACCCCAUCUCAGUCCCCUUCGAACACUCCACCUGCCUCCCCUAUGCACACAAACAUCUAAGGAUGGGGCAUAGGCAGGGUGGAAAGAGGUGGGUUCCCUGGGACAUGCACCUGCACACACACACAAACACACACACACACACACACACACACACACACACACACACACACCCCACUGAGGUCCAAAUUCCAGCUCUGUCAUUUACUACUGGUGUGACCUUUGGCAAGUCACUCAUCCCUGGUGGGGAGGGGGUGGAGGGGCAGUUCAGUUUUCUCAUUUGUAAAAUGAGAGUUUGGGCUUGAUCAUCUCCAAGGCCCUUUCCUACUAUGUCCAGUGAUCCACAAUGGCCGGAGGGGGUAAAGUCUAAAGGAUGAGCCUGGGACCACCUAGGCAAGACCUUUCAUCACGCCUCUGACUCCCUGCCAGAGUCCCUGGCCUCCCAUCUUGCAGGGGCCCAGCACCAGCCCAGCUGUUCUCCCCACCCAGAGCCCUGACUCUGCCCUCUGUUUCUCUUCACCCGCCCCCUAGCCAGUGUCACAAACAUCUGGACCUCCUGAGGAGUGAGGCAAGGACUGACCAGGGGGGCAGGGCUACAUGGAAUAAUGGGGAGACCCAGUGGCUUAGCAUAGAAGAGAAUCAGAGUGCGUCCAAUCAGGACCCAGGCACCAAAGCAGCCCCCAGGAAGCUGUGUCCCUCCAGAGUCCCUGAGCUCUCUGCCUCCUGCCUCCCUUGCCAAAUGAGGUGUCGCAAUUUGAGGGCAGCCCUCUCCUCUCAAGGACAGAGGGCAUCAAGCCUUGCCCUUCCCCCACAAAGGAUUUCCCAGGAGCUCCAGAGCCCAGGGCUCCUUCUGCUGGAGCUGAGCCAAUCAGAUGGGGAGCUUCUGCCAACCCUCCCCCCCACCCCCGCCUGCCAGUUUACCUCCUGACCCAGCCCCUGAGGGGGGACAGGAGGAGGGAGGGGCUCGGAAACCUUUCCACUCCCUUCUCAAUCUGGCUUCUUUCCCGGCCAGUCUGAGCUUCAGGAGGGUGUUAAAGAUUCUGCCAUCCAGGGCACAAUGGAAGGGAGGGAGGGGGCUGUGGGGCAGUCCACACUCAGACCUGUGCAAGGCCAACCCUCUGACAAAAGUGUGCAGCAAGCGAAGGGGCGGGGGAGGGGUUGUCAGGCACACCCUUGCACCUCCCCUAGUAACCUGACCCCUCUACCUGCCACCCACAGACCUGUGCUCCCUCUUAUUUCCAUGAUAUUGCCCGACAAUAACUUAGGUAAUGGGAUAUUAGCAUGAUAUGGAGGGGGUCGCUGAAGACCCCCCAAACCAGACCCAAAGAAAUGAAUCUCUAAUAGUGGAAUUUCAGAUCCUGGAAAGAAGAGAGAGUUGGAUUAUAGAUGCAGCAAAAUUUGUGUCUCCCUCCUCCAUACCCCUGAAAACCUAUAUCCCCAGUACCUAGGCCAAGCAAAUUUACCCUCACUAGAGUAAUGUCUUGUCAAUAGUCCAUGCCAGAUGUCGACCCCUUUGAGUAUGAAGUACCCCAGCUGUAUCCAGUCCUAAUUCCCAUCAUAGAAGAAGUGAGCCCCACAACCCCAGAUGCAGCUCUCCAGUGUGAGGGCUAUCUCUGCCCCAACCUGGGAAGGUGUUCUCUCUGGGUGACAGGUGACAUGAAGAGGCUGGCUCUCCGUACGCCCACCCUUGACCCCCAAGUAGGUAGUCGGUGAUGCAUGCCAGUCCAUCCUGCUGCAUGGGGCUGCCUGUGCCCACUGAACACUCAGCUUCCCUCGAAUCCCCUUUUGAGACACACCCCUGUCUGCCCAGCUCCCAAGUAAUACAUCUGUGCCCAAAGCCUGGGGCUCCCUGCCCAGGGCUGCCCGCUGGGCCCCGUCCAGCUCUGUUCCUCUUUGUUCUGUGCAUGAAGAUCGUAUUUCUAACCCAUGUCGUCCUCGCUGGAGUCUUUGGUGGGAGCUGCUAUGUAUUGACACUGCCUUAAACUGAAAUAAAUUGGAUCCUUUUACU